AUGUCCUGCCUGGAAGGUGUUGCCUGUUUUGGCCUUGGUGCAGCUUGUCUCAAGGCCUUGGAAUACCUCCGUGACCGCAUCGAUCUCCCACGGAGGGAAAUGUCUAUUUCCAAAGUGCCACUAGCAUCGCCCACCAUGAAGUACAUGACUUCACCAGCGAAGCACCGCUUUAGAGAAGCCGCACCGAGCUACUCAAGCAAUGCGAAAGUGCGACCAGAUGCCAAGUUGACAGAGACCUCAGCAGACUUCGGACGGUUACGCGGCUUUUCAAAGGACUUGGAUAAGGCCCAUUACGUCGAUGUCCUGAGAAAAUUGCUGGACGAGAGCAAGUUUCUCCAGAACAAUCCGCCGAUGAACAUAAAGCCCCAGGAGAAGAGGGCCGCACAGGUCGUCAUCAAGGAACUUGAGGCCUACUCCACCGCGAAGGGUGGCCCGCUCAUCGUGGAGGAGCUCGAGUACGUGCAAAACCGCAGCAAUCUCAAGGUCACCUACCCAGGCUCCGGGACUCAAACCGUUGCCUUUGUUGGCAGCCACUUCGAUGUGGUACCUGCAGAUCCGGAGCAGUGGUCCAAGGACCCUUUCCACCUCACAGUGGAGGGAGACAACCUCUACGGACGAGGGACCACUGAUUGCCUAGGCCAUGUGGCGUUGUUGACCUGCUUCCUGCGAGAACUUGCCCGGAGCAAGCCGCCACUGAAGCGAAGCAUUGUGGUUGUGUUCAUCGCGGCAGAGGAAGGCGGUGAGAAGCAGGUUGGAGUCGACAAAGUCUUGGAGAAAGGCAAACUCGAAGAGGCAAAGAAUGGCCCUGUUUAUUGGGUGGACUCAGCAGACUCAAACCCCUGCUGUGGCACUGCAGGGGCCAUAUCAUGGCAACUGAAGUGCAAAGGCCGACUAUUUCACAGCGGAUUUCCCAACAAGGGCAUCAAUAGCAUCGAGCUGGCUCAAGAGGCCAUUGCUUUCGUCCAGGAGAGGUUCUUCAACGACUUUCCACCACUGCCAGAGGAGGAGCUCUAUUCUUUUGCAACAGGGUCACACAUGAAGCCCACUCAGAUCGAGAGCUCCAAGGGCUCUUUCAACCAGAUCCCCGCUGAGACCACCAUCAGUGGUGACAUCAGGCUUUCGCCCUUCUACGAGGUGGAAGAUGUGGUGGAGCACGUGGAAAAAUAUGUGGAGGAGCUCAACUCUGAGCUUGGGGACCUUGAAACCCACAAUCGAGGAUCGUGGAGCAAAUUUGUCCUUCCCGAGCAUGUCCAGAUCCAAGAUGGGGAGAACCGGCAGGGCAAGGUGGAGCUCAAAUGGAUGGGCACCAUGGAUACCUUCAAGCUUUAUGCCGGUAUCGCUGUGAAGCUCGAAUCGGAAGGCCACAAGGCUUUGGUUCAAGCCUUCCGCGAGAGCAAUGAUGGAGUUUCGCCCUUCAGCAUCAACGGCUCUUUGCCGUUAGUGAAGAUGAUGCAGAAGUCUGGCUUCGACAUCCAGCUUUGCGGCUUUGGAAAAAUGGCAGUCUACCAUGGUGUGAACGAGUACUGUACUUUACCAGAGAUGGCCAAGGCUUACGAAGUCCUUACACGACUUACUUGCCUUCUG